AUGUUCCACUGUCACACCAACACGACAACAAAGACGAGCCAUGGAGAAAUCCUCCAGAGUAAAAAUGGCCACCUGGACCUGUUUGUUCGCUUCCUUCAUGGCCUCUGUCUGGAGUCCAACCAGAGACUCUUAGGAGGUCUGCUGGGUCAGACAGAGAACAGUCCAGGAACCAUCCAGAGAGUCAUCAACAACCUGAAGAAGAUGAACAGUGAUAAAAUCUCUCCUGACAGAAGCAUCAACAUCUUCCACUGUCUGAUGGAGAUGAACGACCUCUCAGUACAUCAGGAGAUCCAAGAGUUCCUGAAGUCAGAGAACAGAUCAGAGAAGAAACUCUCUGAGAUCCAGUGCUCAGCUCUGGCCUUCAUGCUGCAGAUGUCAGAGGAGGUUCUGGAUGAGUUGGACCUGCAGAAGUACAACACAUCAUUUUGGGGACGACAGAGACUGAUUCCAGCUGUGAGGAACUGCAGGAAGGCUGGACUGACUGACUGUGGACUCUCGGAUACUCACUGUGAAGUUGUGGCCUCAGCUCUGAAGUCCAACCCCUCCCAUCUGACAGAGCUGGACAUGAGUGUAAACGACAUGCUGGAUUCCUCAGUGAAGCUUCUGUGUGCUGGACUGGAGAGUCCAAACUGUCGACUGGAGACUCUGAGGUGA